GCUUCGAGAUCAAAGUUCGUGGACCUUUUGAUAUUGGCGAACGUAUGUUCUCUUUGUUGUUACAAUCAAAUCAUUCGACCCCAUCUAUGCAGAAAACACAUCUACAUGGUAUGAAUGCUCCGCCACGUCGUGUUUUACUCAAUCCAAAAUCUCCCGAUGGCUGCUGGGACAUAUUAUUCAUGAUCUGCGGUGGUACCGGACUUGCCCCUAUGCUUCAAAUGGUUCAAUAUCAUUAUGAGAGAAACACGCAAACGAAUCGUUCCUUGCACAUCUUGUUUGCAAAUGCGACAGUGGAUGAGAUCAUAGACGCAAAAUAUCUAAAUGAACUUGUUGCCGCAAGCAACGGGACACUCACCAUAACUCACACCCUCUUGCAUGCACCAAGUGAAAAUUGUGAAGGUUCCUCGGGUUACAUAAAUCAAAAGACAUUGCUUGAGUGGAUUUCGAAACAUUAUACACCCAAAGAAUCAACAGAAAACAUCACGAAAAAAACAAAAGAGAACGAAAUCUGUAUCAUCACGGUAUGCACCAAGCGUCAAUUUCACGAGUGA